CUUCCACUUCCGGUCCGUGCCCUUGGGGCUCCGUGGAGUGUGUGUUCUCCGGCUACCCUAAGGAACAUGGCGGCUGCCGCAGCCAGGGUCUGGUGGCGUGGGCUCCUGGGGGCCGCUUCCGUGGCCAGGGGGGCUGGACGACCCUCGGUGCUGGUACAGUUUGCGAGGUGGGAGAACGCGGCGGCUGACACGCGCCCCACUGUCAGACCAUGGAAUGAUGUGACCCACAAGCAGCUCUCAGCAUUUGGAGAGUAUGUGGCUGAAAUCCUACCCAAGUAUGUCCAACAAGUUCAGGUGACCUGCUUUGAUGAGCUAGAGAUCUGUAUCCAUCCUGAUGGCGUCAUCCCAGUGCUGACCUUCCUCAAGGAUCACACCAAUGCACAAUUCAAAUCCUUGGCUGACCUGACAGCAGUGGAUGUCCCAACCCGGCAGAACCGUUUUGAGAUUGUCUACAACCUGCUGUCUCUGCGCUUCAACUCUAGGAUCCGUGUAAAGACCUAUGCAGAUGAGCUGGCAGCCAUUGAGUCUGCAGUGUCUGUGCAUAAGGCGGCCAACUGGUAUGAGAGGGAGGUCUGGGACAUGUUUGGAGUUUUCUUUGUUAACCAUCCUGAUUUAAGAAGGAUCCUGACAGAUUAUGGCUUCGAGGGACAUCCUUUCCGGAAAGACUUUCCCCUCUCUGGCUAUGUUGAGCUACGAUAUGACGAUGAGGUGAAGCGGGUGGUGGCUGAACCAGUGGAACUGGCACAAGAAUUCCGCAAGUUUGACCUGAACAGCCCCUGGGAGGCAUUCCCUGCCUAUCGCCAACCCCCUGAGAGUCUCAAGCUAGAAGCCGGAGACAAGAAGCUGGAAACCAAGUAGCUUCAAAGGCAUGCAGAUCCUAGAGGAAAAAAUCCGUACUUAUAGUUGUGUAAAUAAAUUCCUAGGGACAUUUCACCA